AUGGGUGGACUGCCCAGUCGUUUUGUACCUAGUUACAAAGGCAUUGAAAAGCAGAGCCACUUUGCUCUGCAACAGGAUGGUGUGCCUUUCGAAAGAAACAUUGAGCCCUUCGAGGUAGAGUUGAAUCGUUCGCAGCUUGAGGCAUGGGGGCUUGCAUGGAACCUUGCUCGGGCUGGGAGUUUUCAAGUGGCUGGCGUGGACCCAUGCUCACCCGCUGGCAGAUGGAACCAACAGCAGCAGGCUUUUGGUCGUUGUGGUAUUUGUCGAGGAGAUGAGCUUUUCGAAGUCAACGACUCCUCAGACUAUAGCACGAUGAGUCAAGAGCUGGCAGUCUCACGGACUGUUCGCCUACUGUUUCGACCAGGGUCCAAUGUGCGCACAAAGGCAUCCAAUUUGAAGCACUUGGUCAAGAAUGCCUUUCUUCACAUUGAUACCACAGAUCCUGAACCAGACCCAACCGACCAACCCGAUGAGCCUCGAAGGCUGUCUCUUUCAGAUCCUCUUCCUUUUGUUCGUCCGAGCCAGGUAGAUGAGGCAGAUGAAGAUGCUUUGAGUGAUGCAAGUGAGGCAUCUUUCUACUCGAUGAAGUCAUCUUCAUCCUCCCUAUCAUCGUCGUCUCAAUGCUCGCAGCACCAGCCAUCUAGUGGCAGGUCUUGUCCGUCCACAGACUGGGAGUUCCAAGGCUACCAGUGUCACAAUGGACAAAUGCUGCCACCUUUUUCACGCUCCGUUUCCAGUGGGCAUGUGUCAACAUCAUCAUCUGGACGAGGAAAGCGCCGCAGACGAGCCAGCGCAGCGAAUGUUGUGCCGCCAGCUCCAAUGCCGUCAUGCCAAGUGCCAAAUCAACUUCCCAAUGCAUUGGUGCCGAAUCAAGUUCCAAAUCAAAUGCCGUUUCCUCCAACUAUGGUGCCUGUGAUGGUCCCAGUUGUGGGCGCACCUCCCUUCUUAGCGAUGGCGGCACCUGCUUUGGGGCCUUUGGUAUCUCCUCUAGUGCCUGCAAGCGUUGGUGUUGCAGUACCGUUUCCGAGUUGCAAGCAGCCGGACAUGCCAAUGGGACCACCAAUGCCGACUCAAGAGGUAGAGACAACAGUAUCUCAGCCAUGUUGGGCAGCGCAAAAUCUUUGUGCUCCAAAUAGCUCACGCUUUGAGCAAUCGUGUGAUCACCAAGACGGGGCAGGUUGUUCUCGAGCUCCAGAGCCAGCACAGCUAGAGCCUGCUGCACCUUCUUUUGCGACCUUUGAGGAAACUGACACUCAGAAAGAGAUAGUUGAGGAGACCUCAGUGUUGAAGGAUCAGAAAAGUGCAGAGGGUGCGCCUGUGAAGCCGCGGAAGAGGCCCACUCGUCGUGGGGGAAAACGGGCAAGGCAUCGGCCUUGCCAUGCUGCCGAAUGGGCUUCCAGCGUUGGGAGUGCUGAGACUCCCAGCUUCGGGGAGCCUGGUUCAGGAGAAGAAGCUGAAGGAGAGGAAGCCGAAGAAGGUGAAGAUGAGAAGGAAGAGCUCAAGGAGGAGCUCCGAGACGCUAGUGCGCCACGAUCUUUCGAGAAAAAGGAUUUGAAGCGGAGAUCUUUCUAUCCCUUGGCGGCACGUUUGCGCCUUGCCGCUGGCCUCAAGCCAAAAGGCUUGGAAGAAUCCAAAACCGCAUUUGGCUCGGCAAAGAUCUUUUCAAAUCACAUCCAGCCCAAGGCUGACGUCUCAAAAGACGGGUCUGUGCUACCGGGACCAAAAGUACCACCUGUAUCAACGCUCCCGAAUCCAAUAGAAGUGAUAGAGGAAGUGGAGCCUGAACCGGCUUCAGCCUCAGAUGUCUCUGAUCUUCCUAAACAAGAACCUGCUGAAGAGUUGGCAGCAGGCACGAUUCCAGAGCCGCUUGCUCCACAUCGGGUGAUUGAUUUGCCUUCAGACCAGGUGGUGGGUCGACGAGUGCAGAUCAUUGGCCUGACGAAGACUCUGGAAUUCAAUGACCUUUGGGGAAAGGUGGAACACUUUGAUAGCAGCUGUAAACGCUUUGCCGUUCAGCUCCUCCCUGCAGAAGGCGUUCCCAUGACUGUGAAGCUGCGUGGAGAAAAUCUGCGCAUGCCACCUGUGGCUGGACUUGUUGGAAGCGUUGUCCUUCCAGUUCUGGGAGCUGUUCCAGAUGGUAUGAUGGUUCUCUUCUCUGGUGUGGGUCCAACGGAGAAAGCUCAGCAAAAUGUGGCAGUUGGGGUUGGUGCGUUGGCAGGCAGUACCAUCAUGCUCCUGACAGUUCCGUGGUUUUUGGCUGUUCUUGGAGGCCGCGUGGACUUUGCCAAUGGAAAGUGUCAGUACAAUGCCGAAACCAAGCUUUCCAAGACCGGCUUUUUCAACACCUGCUUUGAAACUGGCAUUCGGUACAAGCCGGAAAUCCGUGCCAAUGCAAAGAUCAUGGUAUUCACAGCGUUCACGUACUUGCUCAUCCAAAUACCAGCCCUGUACGUUGACAAUCAGAAGCAACAUAUUGGAUUGAAGGGAAUCCUCAGAGAGAAUUCGCAGGAAUCCGUCUGGGCCCUUCUUGGGAUGAUUUUGUGUUUUGUGGAGUUCUGUGGGUACAUGUACAUGCAGUAUGCGGCCAGCUUGCCUGAGCAGCAAGUUCCUCAUUCUGUCUCCAGCGCGGAGAUGCUGAAGGCCAAAGUUGCUGGUUGCAUGGGCUGGAUGCGCAGCAAGAUGGCUGGUGUUGGCAUUGCCCCGGCAAAGACCCGUAAUUAUGCGACAUCAAUCAUGCGGGCCCAAGAGCUUGGUGUGAAGGGAUGGAUGGAAGAGUUUCGAAGAGAGUGGAAGCUCACUGAUGACAGUUCAGAGAAAAACAAAGCAUUGUUGGACAAAGCGAGCUUCCCAGCAGACUUCAGAGAUACGUUGACAAUGUGGUACAGGAAGUACGCUGAAAGCGAUGACGGGCGCAUGGGAAUUCGGGACUUUGACAACCUCUUGCGCAUUCUUCAUUUGACAGGCUAUGAUGCCUCUGAGCUUUUCAAAAAGGUUGAUACCAAUAGGGACGGGAGCAUCGAUUUGGAUGAGUUCACCGAGUGCUUCAAGCACUUGGCAUCCCUGCCACCAAAGGAGUCGCCAGCACAGGGAAGAAAGAGCAAGCGACAAUCGCUGGCAGCAGUGCAAGCGGCCAUUGAACAAAUUGCAGAACAGGGGGAAGCCGAAGGAGCUGAUGACGAUGAUGACGAGGAAGAAGAAGAAGAGUCAAUGCCAGAGGAGUUUAAGGAUUUGACUGUCCAACAGCAAAGGCGACAAAUCCUGCUAAAGUCAUGCUGGCAAAUGGGUCUUGGGACUCUGAUGGUCCUUGUCUUCUCAGACCCCAUGGUCGAUGUGCUGGCAGAGAUUGGGAAUCAGAGUGGCAUUCCUUCUUUUUACAUUUCAUUCAUCUUGGCCCCACUGGCUUCAAACUCUUCUGAGCUCGUUGCCGCGUACAACUAUGCUGGCCGUAAGACUUCAAAGACUAUCACCAUUGCGCUGAAUACCCUGGAGGGUGCCGCGUGCAUGAACAAUACCUUCUGCCUUGGCAUUUUCAUGGCCCUUGUGUACUUUCAGGGCUUGGCCUGGAAGUUUACUGCGGAGACCCUCACGAUUCUUGCAGUGGAGUUUGCACUGGCUGGCAUUGUUCUGUUGAAGAGCAACCAAAGGGUAGCAGAUGCCUUUGGCAUUUUCUUGCUUUUCCCAGGAGCACUCGCCAUGGUGUACGUGUUGGAGAACUACUGCGGGUUGGACUGA